AUGAAGAUGGAGGGCUGCCUGUGGGCCAUUCUGCUGGCCUCUGUGGCCCUGACUAACCAGCAAGAUGUGAGGUUGGUGAAUGGAAGCAGCCAAUGCUCUGGGAGAGUGGAGGUUUAUCAUGCAGGAGAGUGGGGCACCGUGUGUGAUAGGUGGUGGGAUAUGGCUGAUGCUGCAGUGGUGUGUAGAGAGCUGGACUGUGGUGUUGCUGUAGAGGCUCUGAGUGGAGCUCACUUUGGAGAGGGAUCAGGGAGAAGCUGGAUGGGUGUUAUGAAUUGUAAGGGAUCAGAGUCCAGUCUGAAGAACUGUGAACACGGGCGAUGGAGAGACUGGAGUAAACCAGGGUGUCCUCAUAGCAGAGAUGCUGGAGUCAUUUGUUCAGAUACUGUGAGGUUGGUGAAUGGAGGUAGUAGAUGCUCUGGGAGAGUGGAGGUUUAUCAUGCAAGAGAGUGGGGCACCGUGUGUGAUGAGUGGUGGGAUAUGGCUGAUGCUGCAGUGGUGUGUAGAGAGCUGGACUGUGGUGUUGCUGUAGAGGCUCUGAGUGAAGCUCACUUUGGAGAGGGAUCAGGGAGAAGAUGGAUGGGUGUUGUGAAGUGUGAUGGAUCAGAGACCAGACUGAAGAACUGUGAACACGAGGGAUGGAGAGACUGGAGUACAGAAGGGUGUCCCCAUAGCAGAGAUGCUGGAGUCACUUGUUCAGAUGUGAGGUUGGUGAAUGGGAACAGUCAAUGCUCUGGGAGAGUGGAGGUUUAUCAUGCAGGAGAGUGGGGCACCGUGUGUGAUGAUAUGUGGGAUAUGACUGAUGCUGCAGUGGUGUGUAGAGAGCUGGACUGUGGUGUUGCUGUAGAGGCUCUGAGUGGAGCUCACUUUGGAGAGGGAUCAGGGAGAAGAUGGAUGCGUAGAGUGAAGUGUGAUGGAUCAGAGACCAGACUGAAGUACUGUAAACACGGGGGAUGGAGAGACUGGAGUACAUUAAGGUGUCCUCAUAGCAGAGAUGCUGGAGUCACUUGUUCAGAUGUGAGGUUGGUGAAUGGGAGCAGUCAAUGCUCUGGGAGAGUGGAGGUUUAUCAUGCAGGAGAGUGGGGCACCGUGUGUGAUGAGUGGUGGGAUAUGACUGAUGCUGCAGUGGUGUGUAGAGAGCUGGACUGUGGUGAUGUUGUAGAGACUCUGAGUGGAGCUCACUUUGGAGAGGGAUCAGGGAGAAGCUGGAUGACUGGUGUGAGGUGUUAUGGAUCAGAGACCAGACUGAAGUACUGUAAACACGGGGGAUGGAGAGACUGGAGUACAUUAAGGUGUCCUCAUAGCAGAGAUGCUGGAGUCACUUGUUCAGAUACUGUGAGGUUGGUGAAUGGAAGCAGUCGAUGCUCUGGGAGAGUGGAGGUUUAUAAUGCAGGAGAGUGGGGCACCGUGUGUGAUAGGUGGUGGGAUAUGGCUGAUGCUACAGUGGUGUGUAGAGAGCUGGACUGUGGUGAUGCUGUAGAGGCUCUGAGUGGAGCUCACUUUGGAGAGGGAUCAGGGAGAAGCUGGAUUCCUGGUGUGAGGUGUGAGGGAUCAGAGUCCAGACUGAAGAACUGUGAACACGGGGGAUGGAUAGACUGGAGUACAGAAGGGUGUCCUCAUAGCAGAGAUGCUGGAGUCACUUGUUCAGAUGUGAGGUUGGUGAAUGGAAGCAGUCAAUGCUCUGGGAGAGUGGAGGUUUAUCAUGCAGGAGAGUGGGGCACCGUGUGUGAUGAGUGGUGGGAUAUGACUGAUGCUGCAGUGGUGUGUAGAGAGCUGGACUGUGGUGAUGCUGUAGAGGCUCUGAGUGGAGCUCACUUUGGAGAGGGAUCAGGGAGAAGCUGGAUGACUGGUGUGAGGUGUGAGGGAUCAGAGUCCAGACUGAAGAACUGUGAACACGGGGGAUGGAGAGACUGGAGUACAGAAGGGUGUCCUCAUAGCAGAGAUGCUGGAGUCACUUGUUUAGGAGUCCAACUGGUGGGCCGUUCUCACUGCUCUGGGAGAGUGGAGCUGCUUCAUAAAAAGACCAGACACACUGUGUGCAGUUCCACAUUUGACCAGCAGGAUGCAGAGGUUGUGUGUCGACAGCUGGACUGUGGGGCUCCUGUAGAGGUGCUGGGAGCAGCUGCAUUUGGAGAGGGAGAGGGCCAGGUGUGGUCAGAGGAGAUCCAGUGUGGAGGCAACGAGACUCAGAUUCACCUCUGCCCAACAUCCUCUACACCCUCACACAACUGCUCUCACAAGCAUGAUGUUGGAUUAGUUUGUACAGCCAGUAAACUAUGGGCUGUGUCAUUGUUUUCUCAAUCCACAGAUCCUGUUAGGUUGGUGGAUGGGCCCAGUCGCUGUUCUGGGAGAGUGGAGCUUUAUCAUGAGGGAGAGUGGGGUACAGUGUGUGGUGCUGAUUGGGACAGGGUUGAUACAGCAGUUGUGUGUAAAGAGUUGGGCUGUGGUGUCGCUGUAGAUUCCCUCUCAGAUGUCCACUUUGGAGAGGGAGCAGGGAGAGUUUUGAUGGCUGAGGUUGGUUGGAUUGGGUGA